ACAACAGAACAACUCUUCCCAAUGCAGAAUCAACCGCCAGUUCCUGCCGGCCGGUCAGGACACUCGAAGCUUCUCCGAUGCAUUGCUGUAGUCUUGCUAACCCUAAUCGUCUUGGUGGGCCUAGCCGUGCUCAUCAUAUGGCUAUCUGUCCGGCCGAGACGACUUGUUUACACCGUCGAAGAUGGCUCGAUCCGUAAUUUCAACCUGAACAACAACCACCUCAACGCCUCCUUCGAUUUUGUAAUAAGGUCGUACAAUCCCAACUCUAAAGUCUCUGUAUUCUACGACUCAAUCGAAGUGUCAACGUUGUACGAGGAUAAAACGGUGGCGUACAAAGUUGUCGAUCCUUUCUUUCAAUCCCAUCGAAAUGUGACUCGUUUGGAGCUGAAGCUCGCAGCUCAAUAUGUGGCACUGGUGGGGUCGACCGCCCGGGAUCUGCGGCUGGAGAAGUCGACGGGGGACAUUGAGUUGACCGUUUUGCUCAAGGCAAAGAUACGGUUUAAGUUAGGGACGUGGAAGUCUAAACAUCGUACUUUGAGGGUUUGGUGUUCUCCUGUGUUGGUGCAUCUCAGUGGCUACAAGAAGUUUGAGAGAACAUACUGUGACCCAGAACUUUGACCAGCAUAUAUAUAUUGGCGGUUACUGUGAUUUUAACUUUUCUCUCUUCGUUUCGGAAUUUGUUUUUCCAAGAAUAUUGCCAUGUACUCAAACCCCUGAUU